AUGGAAUCAAUUUUGUGUCUUACUCUCUUUAUUUUAUGUACACUAUGUAGUGUGAUUAAUGGAUCACAUUUCCGUGGUGGUAUUAUUUCAUGGCGUCCGUUAAACAAUACAGUAACGGGCAACACUACACAAAUCCUCAUACAUCAAAAGUACUUUUGGGCUCGGAAUUAUUCCUCUUUCCCUAAUCUUUGCACGGAAGCGAAUGUCACUGCUCAAGCACUUAUUCCAAUCAUUUCUUAUAUGAUCUGUCUGGCAAAUUGCUCAAGUUCUAACUAUCCUUCAGUUGGACUUUCAACCAUUAUGACAUCUACAGAUUGUGAUGCAAACCCGAUCAUUCAAACAUGGACUGGCGAACGUUACGAUACUUUGACAAUGCCUUUGACAACAUCAAUUACUAUUGGCUUUAAUUCUAGUUCAUGGAUGAUAGGUCUCUAUAUUGGCAGUUCAGGUAUCUAUUCAAUUGCCAAUCGUCUGAACUUGGCCUUACGACCCGAUGGAUUAAUUAAUUCCAGUCCUAUUACAAACACAUUACCAGUAGUACUUUACCAAAGAAAUGUAUCAGUAGUUCAUGUUGUACAAAUGGCAGAUAAUGAUGCUACUGAUUAUUUGGUAUGUCGUUGGUCCAAUUCGGCUUCUACAACCAAUUACAAUCGAGUUAAUGAAUGUGGAAGUAUUUGUAAUGGACUGCCGGCUUUCACUGUAUUGAUCGGAUUCAACUGCACGUUAUCUUUCACUUUACCAACUGCUAAUGUCUAUUAUGCCUGUGCAUUGCAAAUCGAAGAUUAUUUUAGUAGUACCUCCACGACUCCAAUGAGUUCAGUCCCGAUACAAUUCUUAUUCUAUGCAUACAAUCCUUCCGCUGGUGCAUGUGCACAACGUCCCUCAAUUAUCGGUGCCCGUCCAAACAGAGCUUGCAUUGGAGUUCCAUAUGGGGCUCAGCUCAAUGAAACUAUAAUUGCACAAACAUACUGCCCUAGUCAAACAAUUGUUGAUUUUAUCACUAGUUCAUCUAUUGGAAUGAUACAUAGUAAUAUUAGUAAUCCAAGUUCUGGUAUAUGGAUAAUGACAGUGACAUGGACACCAUUACUAUCACAAUUCGGUCCUCAAAGUAUUUGUGCCGGGGCAAUUGAUAAUAGCAGUUUACAAUCAGCUCCGUGGUGUAUUACAUACUUAGUUGGCUAUGAAUCGCCUUACCUCAUUAAAUAUUCAGCUUCACCAGUCGGCAUUAUCUCCCAAAAUCAAACUAUUUUUUCAAUUCAAAGUAAUUUUUAUUAUUGUAAUGGAAAAAUACGAGUGUCAACUAUAUGA